CGCUGGGACGGGAGUGAACGGGUGAGGAGGACUAGGGUGUAGUGUUAACCUCUCGUCGUCUCGCGUACUCAUCAACGGUUACCGCGUCUUCGUCGUCACACAGGUUUCGUUGCUGGUUGGUUGUGUGAGAAAUGUUACGUCCGCUGAGGGUUCUCCCCACAAGUCCACCGCCCUUCCGCGUUACCGAAAUACUGCUUACUGUCCCUUGGCCCUCCUGCGGUGGGGUUCUCGCGCCUAGUGCACCGAAUUGUAGCGGCCUACCCUCCCGUUGUCGUCGUGUUCGUAGGUAUUGAGAGAAAGAGCAGAACUGUGCGGCGGGCGUUGUGUGCGGAUUCGGUUGCGCGGAAAUUUAUCAUUUUCUGUGUAGUACACAAGCUGCCCCAGCAGUACCCAGAGCUGCCGACCGAGUGUGUAUGUCGUAUUAUAGUUUCGGUUCGUUCGAAGUCUCAGUCACAGCAGCAGCAGCAGCAUCCUCUAGUGAGAAGUACCUACUUUUUUCGGUUGGUUGGAAAAUUUGGAGUGUUGGAAGUUGCAAUUGCAAGUCCAGUACAGUGCAGCAGUGCAAGGUUAGAGUUCGAUCGGAGUGGAUCUAGCGGAGUUCAGUGUGAAGAGUUGGCCAAUCGCUUAGCAAAGAUAGUUUUGAAACACAAAGAUCAAUAAAAGGAUAUUUUGGGUCUUCGGAGGACACGUUACAGUGCUGUGUUGGGUGGCGGAGAAGCGUUACUCUGUGGUGCGUCUAAGCAAUCGCUGAAGUGAGUCACGGAAACAGAGAUUCAAGGCCUGCUGAGUGAGAGUGAGAGGGAUGGUCGCAGAAGAGGCCCGACGCGACGUGGCUAACACAGCAAUCUAAAUUUUAUAAGAAAAGCCUAGGUCAAUAAUGUGUAUAGUGAUGUGUUUUGCUGAUACAUGAGUGUCGGUCGCUUAGUCGGUUGAUUUAUUUUUGUCCGGCCUGCCGCAAUCGUCACCAUAUCUCCAAGUGAAGGGGACCCGAAGGCAUUUGAAAAGGGGGAGAAGCGAGGCAGGUUUUGUUUUUCGCUGAUAUUUUUGAAAAUUGAGAUGCCUACCAGAUAAGAAGCGCGGAAGUGAGUAAGCCAAAGCCAAAGAGUCAUUGAUAUUUGAAGUAACUUUUCCGCGACCUAAGCUAUCGCUAACGGAUUUAAUUGGCUCGUUCUACAAGAGCGUGUGUGAGUUUUUGUCUAGUCGACAAACUGGUGGUUCGCGAAUCGUUGUCCGCUGAUGUGUGAUGUUUAAGUAGUGUGAAAUACAUUACCGUAUCGUCGAAAAGCGUUAAUCGUUUGCGAUAUUUAAACGGUUCGAGGGCGGACACUUAUACAAGCACCGUUUCAUCGCCACCCGAAGUCAUUCAGACGUUGAAGAUAUUCACUGAACUGUGAUGUCUAGUUGGUCGUCCUAAUUAAUACGAACUACGCAAAAUGGUGUACUACACGGGAUUACCGCUGCUGAUGCAACAAGCAGAAAACAACACGCUUACCCAGCUAUGCUUCAACGCAACGAACGACCAUUCCCAGUCGCAGCCCCAACAGCAGCAGCAGCAGCAACAGCAAUCGCUUGACCAAUCCCUUCACCAUCAGCAACAGCAACAGCAUAGGUUCCAGCAGCAGGUCGUCAAUCUGAGCAACACCCAAGGCAACAUGCAGUCACAGAUGGGCCAGCAGCAUCCCAGCGCACCCUACACGAACUUCCACCAGACCAAUAAUGGUGGACUCGUGCCGACGACCAUACCGCAGACCAGCCCUCCCCCGGCCGGACCUGCCAAGUUCCGCUGCGAACAGUGCAACAUCAACUUCGGUAGCAAAAGUGCCCAUACCAGUCACAUGAAAUCUCACGCCAAACAGCAGCAAAUGGUAGCGGAGAGCAAGGGUGGAGUCAGUGCCAAGGGAUUGCUCAACGGACCGGCCACUCCGGCCGACCCGUACCAGUGCGAUGUGUGCAAGAAAACUUUUGCCGUUCCGGCCCGGCUUGUGCGGCACUACCGGACACAUACCGGUGAACGCCCGUUCGAGUGCGAGUUCUGCCAUAAGAUGUUUAGCGUCAAGGAGAACCUGCAGGUUCACCGGCGGAUCCACACCAAGGAACGGCCGUACAAGUGCGACAUCUGCGAGCGAGCGUUUGAACACAGCGGAAAACUGCACAGGCACAUGCGGAUCCAUACGGGUGAACGACCACACAAGUGCAACGUGUGCGGAAAGACGUUCAUCCAGUCGGGUCAACUAGUCAUCCACAUGCGGACCCAUACCGGUGAGAAACCGUACAAAUGUCCGGUAGAGGGUUGCGGAAAGGGCUUCACGUGCUCGAAACAGUUGAAAGUGCACUCGCGGACUCACACCGGUGAGAAGCCGUACCAUUGUGAUAUUUGCUUCCGGGACUUUGGCUAUAACCAUGUGCUGAAGUUGCACAGGGUACAGCACUACGGGUCGAAGUGCUACAAAUGUACCAUAUGCGAUGAAACGUUCAAGAGUAAGAAGGAAAUGGAGGCCCACAUCAAGGGCCAUGCCAACGAGAUUCCGGAUGAGGAAGAGACUGAAACCAAGCCCUUGGUGGCAGUGCCAUCGAGUAGCUCUAGUAGUCGAAGCAGUUUGGUAGAGUACUCGUCAAGCACGAGUAGUCUUGCAGCGGCGGACAGUUUGUCCACGAUGGAAGAUGCCAUGGAACUUGAAGAAGAUCUCCACACUCCCAAGGUUGAGUUCCAUGAUCAACAGAGUAGUGGCAGCAGCAGUAGAAGUCAAGGAAGCAGUAGCGGUAGCAUAACAAACGAGAACAAUGUCCAUUAUUACUCGCAAUUUGAGCAGUCGGUUUUCCGAAGCUACGGAGUCCAAUCCGGAGUGAAUCCAGCACUGUUGGCAGCGGCGUCAAUUGCUGCAGCUGCUACCGCUUCUUCAGCCGAACAAAAUGAAAACAUCCAAAGCAAUAGGACACCAUCACCGCCGCCAUUGGUAGUGUUCUCGCAACAACAGCAACAUCCGCAGCAUCAGCAGCUAAUGACCUCAAAUGGUGCAGAUCGGUUAACACCACCGUCUUCACAGCAGCACCCAGCGUCAAUGGAUCUGAUGAUUCACCAUCUACCGACGCAACAACGCUUCAAGCGAGAAGAGUCGCCGGUCAAUGCUGAUCCUUUCCUAUACAAACCGUUAACAAUCAUGAAACAUCACGGCUACUUUGCACCGGCUUCACAGGUUCCCGAAUUCAGGUCAUCCAGCGAUCUCGUGCGACAAGUGGAAGCGGCCAUUGCCGGAACGGAAAAUUUGCUGACACCCCCACGUUCCUCCCCGGAAUCACCGGAACGGUCCUCGUCGCCCGAGUCCGAUUCAGUAUUAAUGGCCGACCGGGACAACAACACCUUACCGCCGAGAAAGCGAAAGCUUUACUUCAAGAACGAAUCGCCGCAAGAUCUGCACCAUCACCUUCACCACCAGCAUCUAACGGCGUCGUCAAUGGACAACAGCUCAACGCCGCCGUCGCCACCGUCUUCCUCGGCGGUCAUGCGAAUGAGCUCCGUCAUUCAGUACGCCAAGGCAUCCUAAGCGGACAAUGCGGUGAUAUUUUUCUUCGAGGCGGCCAUAUUCGAUGUAGAGUGCGUAUAGUUACAAGGUUAGCAAGCGGCUUAGUUGAUAGAGGAAAGCAGACUUAUUAGUGGAUAGCUAAAUUAAUGGUAACGUUUUUAGAAGGUAAUAUUUAUCUACAAGCGUAGAAUGUAGCGAGUCAGAUUUAAGGAAAAUCAUACAUACAAACACAUACACACACAUACAUACAUACACACUAAAUGCAAGAAGACUGUCUCAGGUUAAUCAGUCAUUACAUUUGAUAAGUUUAUCGCUUCUUCUGGAAUGUGGAUUGUUGACAGAUGGAGAAGGUUAACAUUGAAGUUGCGGAGAGCUUGGCAAUACUGCAUAUGGCGUCUUAUCCGAAUAAAAUGUGAGUGAACGAAAGCAAAGGGUGUUUUGGACAAAGGAAAUAUUAAGACUGUUGAAUUGUCAAAAAAUUCUAGUAACCAAGAAAUAUUUUAAGGUGAUUAGGUAACGACAAGGCAGAAUCUAAAUAAAGUUGGAUCAAAAUCGGAAUAGGGCGAUAUAUUUUACUUACAAAUCACAUUUUUCUGGAUAGGUAUUAAUUGCGCUGGAAAUCAAGAAGCAACUGAGAAUAAUCGAAAUUUGAAGGCCAUUUGAAAAGACUAGCUUUUUUAUUGUAGCAAGAAACAAAACAUCAUUGAGCAAGGCAAAGAAGGUAAGAAGAGCGGAAAAGAUAGACUGGAAUUCCCCAAAAGUAAUGUUUAGCGAUAGUAAACCAAACAAACACUUUUCCGAAUUCGAAAAAUCAUUAGUACAUAAGUGUCUUUUUCCUGAUUUGAAAAGAAAUCUACAAUCUUAAUUACUAUUGAGCAUAGGAAAAUAAUCAGCAACACAGCAACAUAUUAGCAAAUAAUUGGAUUGUAACAAUUGCAUAAAUUGAAUAUACCACUACAAUCACUGCCAACUACAACAGAAAACGAGAACUGCAACAACAUCUACACUCAAAACAGCAAUAGAUGCAAAAAGUGAAAACAAUCAGGGAACUGGCAGCACUGUACAGCCACGCAGCCAAAUUUUUGAUAGCGAUGCAACCUUUACACGAAAAUAAGAAAACCACACCCGCCGGGCAGUGCGGAAACUGGCACACAAGAUGCAACAAUAAGCGGAAGAACAUACCUCAACUGCAUCAUAUUAUUGAAUGUUUGCCGAAUAAUACCGGGUUAACGAUUAAUCUUCCUAUAGACACUGUACAUAUGUAUCCGCAAGAUGAACUAAAACAAUCAUUCAACAGUCCCAGAGAAACAAGUGUUUGGUUCUGAUCUCUUCUACGGUAAUCGGUAAGAUGCGUUUGUUCCUUCGUCAGCUUUUGACGAUGGCAUACACACUUAGCAGCAACCACUCCAUUUAAGGGUUAAUUUCGUCGUACGCAACCGUUAGAAUAUGCUUUAAGAUAUUGUGUAGUUUGUAUAUCGAAAUAGAAGCAACCACAUACAAAACAAUGCAUUUAAUACACUAUUUCUAAAAUAGUUGGUUUAGAGUUAAACUCGAGCAGGCAAGAAAAACGCAUUCGUAUGCAGCCAGCUUCGAGCAAACACAGAAAACAUGAAACCGUGAUUUUUUUUUUGUCUCUAAGUUUUGUUUGUUAGAGCAUCGAAAAGAGCUUUUGUUUUGUUUGGUGUUUAGCAGCUUCCAAGUUUCUCAUGUAUCUAUCAUGAACCCCCAGUUGUUUCACUUGUUUGGAUUACUUUUUCCAAUUUUUGUUCCUUACAUCAAAUUAACCUUACCGUCUCUAGCAAUUAUUAUUCUCGAGAGCAUUGCAUAGCAUUCUAUGAAAAAAAAAACUUUCCUAGCAUCAAUAAAACCAAUGAAAUGUCGUUAUUCAUCAUUCGUAGCAUACAAAUAGCCAAAAUUUGUGGUUUUUGUUGAUCUGUUUUCCGUUUUCUCAAAGGCGUUUUUCUAUUCAUUAGUAGGCAAAAUGGAAAAGAAAUAAAAUUCUGUUACAAUUUCAUCAAGUUAACUUCACAUAUAUAGCAUUAAAAACAUUAUAUAAUCAGAGAAACAUUGAGCGUGAGAGGUAACGACAUCAAAACUGAUAGGCAAUACAUCCGAAACACUUUUACUAUGUAAAAUGGUUAGAGGAUAUGAAGGAAAAGAAAGUAUAUUAACUCAAUAAUCAUAAAAAAAGCAAAAUCAAUCGCAUGAUAAAGUAAUCAUUCAAAUUGCUGUAUCUGUGCUAUUUAAUCGGAAAUCUAACAAAAUCGCAAUAAAUUUUGACGGGAGAAACAAAACUCGCCCAAAUCAAUCUGCUUUAGUAGGUCCUUGUUUUCUAUCUUCACACGCCUUGGUGUAGUUUGAAACAGUCAUUAUAUGAUCUUCUAAACUAAUGCUAAGCGAAUGAAUAAUAAUAAACAUCAUCCACAUAUUUAUGAGGAAUACAAAAAAACGAGAGGAAUGCAACAAAAGCUGGUUCGAUGGAAACAAGAUUCUUUUGCGACGUAGAACUAAACUAAAGUGACGCGAGUGACCACAGUAGUCUCGAUUGUAAGUAAAGGCGAAAAUAAACUGAAUUAUUCUAUUGAAUCGUAAA